UUCAUUUCUAACGAAAAAAUUUUACAGCUGCUAGUCGGCCACUCCGCAUUUUUCUCCAGUUAUUUGAUUUUAUUUUUUGUGACAAAAUAACUGAACUACUCAAUAGUUCUAACAGCAACGACAGACAGGGCUUUUAGCGCAUACUACAGAGCACUUGUUUUUUUGCAAUGAAACACCCCGCCUAGGCACCAACUUUUUAACAGUCACAAACAUAAACACGCACACUCGUUUCAUUCCAUCUUUUUCCUCUUCAAACGUCCUUUGCAUUCAUUUGGCAGCAAUUAAGAACCCAAAUCCCAACUUAAAACGAACUAUUCGCAGCUUGAAAACUUGACGGACGCAGUCAAAAUAUUUCCUCUUUUUCCUAAUGCAAUCAUCUAUGUUCCGGAUAACCUUGUCUGGUCACCACGUCACUGCCGCCGGCAGCCUGUGUGGCAGCAGAGGCGGCCAUCUCCCUCUUCCUCUGACUUGGAUUUCUCGUCUAAAUGCACACGCGCAGAUGCUCCCAGCUCGCCGCUCACUGAGCACAGGCAAAGGUGACGUAGUCGGGGCGGUGGCCGGCUGCCCGCCAAGUCCAGCACAAGCAAUGAGCGCAGCCACCUCACCAGCUGGUACUGUGAAAUUGGCAGCAGCUGAGACUCCUCGCCGACUGGUAACUUCUGCCCUAGUCCCUGCUGAUGGGUAUAUAAGGCCCGCGCUGUACGAUGAGAGUACGCCAAUUCCUCGGUGCGAGUCGUACUCGACGAGCCAUCACAUGGACUGCUUCCCCUGGCUGUUGAGCGCCGAGCGCCAGCGUGUGCCCAUGUGCGACCUCGAAACUACCGGAGCUGCCGCCGGUAGCAGCGGCAGUAGUAUUGUGAAGUGGCUGCCCCUGGCUGCUCGUCGCAGGCUGGCGCAUGCGCUUAACCUGCGCAUUGCUGAGCGCGCAUUGGGCUUGCACGCGAUGGACUCGGUGUGCGCAGGCGCAGCAAUGGCGCUGCCCGGUAUCGCGCGGCUGCUGUCCAGCGCGUCCAGCAGCGCGACUCCCGAGGAUACGGCGGCAUCGCUGGCGCAUGUCUUCUCAGCACCGCUGCUGGCGCGCUACACCAGCGAUCUCGACCGCUUGCGCAACGACAACGUGCGGCUGGCGCUGGAGGUCUACUGCGUUAAUAGCACGCGCAUCCACCAGAUCCGCACGCAGACUGGGCCUGCUGAGGCAUUUGCCGCGCUAGCUUCGCUACAAUCGUCGGCGUCAUCGCCACCGUCGUGCUUGAAUGGCUUGCGCGCGGGGCUGGUGCGCCAGGGCUACCGCUUCUCCAAUGUGCUUGGCGCGUCUUACGCAGCGCCAGUUUCGGGAAGCAGCAGUGGCCAGUCACAUUUGGGACCGGCCCCCUGGGCGAGCGGCGUGUGGGCAGCAGCGCAGGGCAAGGCCGACGAUGUGCGUGUGCGCGUCGACGUCGAGCUGAAUGUCGACAUGCGCUAUCGGCUGAUCGGCCGCCACUCGGGGCCCUCCGGGUACGACCGGCACAACGGCACAACACAGGUCAUUGUCGACGAUGAUGCCACGCGCAACCUGAUCCUCACCCUAGAGUCGGCGCCGACCAGCACAGCAUCGCAUGGCAAUGGCGCUGGGGUGUUUGAGUGGCGUGUCGCCGAUAUCGACUACCUGCUAUCCAGCGAGAAGCGCAUCAAGAGCGAGUUUGUCGAGGCACAGCAUUAUAUUCACUGAGUUCUGACAUUAUUACAAAGUAACACAUGCAUCAUCUAAACUUCUUUUAUGUAAAUAAAA